UAUGGACAAAUGGAGUCGUCUUAUCUGCCCGGAUAACGCCCAGCGGCGGCCCAGAUCGGUACAUGGAUUGGGACAUGGGGACAUGGGAUGCUACCUGGUUUGCAGCUUCCUUCCUUCCCCAUGUAAGCUUCUCGGCCGACGAUUAUAAGUUGAAACCUCUCCCGCGUUCCCAUGGUCGUCACUUCCUCGGUCUAGACUCUCGUCUCCUUCCGUCACGCGCCUCAGUUUCUGACCGUCCCGUCUCUUGUUCUUCCCGGUUCCUACCACGGAUUUGAACUUGGUCGGAUCCCCUCCCACCCAACAUAUAUCACCUCGGUUCGCAGUCUACUCAAGCCGAUUGCUACAACAACGUCAGAAACAGCAUCGACGAAGUUGGCCCACCAUGGCCUCCAAGCUCAACUUCUUCAAGUCGAGCGACGAAAAGACAACUCCAGCCUAUGGGCAAGACGACGGAAUUGAACGCGGCGUUAGUUACAGCAGCGAAAAUGGACGAGUCGACGACGACGGCGAGGGCGAGGGCGAGGGCCCUGAUGAUCUCCAUCGUGGCAUGAAGCCUCGCCAGUUGAAUAUGAUGGCCAUCGCUGGCGCCAUCGGAACCGGUCUCAUCAUCGGUACCGGUACCUCGCUGAAACUCGGACCCGGCUCGUUGCUCAUCGGAUACCUGAUCAUGGGAAUCAUCGUCUACAUUGUCAUGGUUGCGCUCGGCGAAAUGGGCGCCUGGCUACCACACAAAAAGUCCUUCUCCGGUUAUGCUACACGCUUCGUCGAUCCUGCUUUCGGUUUCGCUACUGGCUGGAACUACUUUUUCAAAUACGUGAUUGUGCUACCCAACAACCUGACGGCUACGGGUAUUAUUUUGCAGUAUUGGCGACCGGAUAUCAAUGUGUCUGUGUGGAUCACGGUGUUUGGAGUCGCUAUUAUCGCUGUUAACCUUAUCCAUGUUGCCUUCUUCGGCGAAGCAGAAUUUUGGAUGUCUCUCAUCAAAGCCCUCGUUAUCGUCAUGCUCAUCCUGCUCUGCUUCAUCAUCGCCCUCGGCGGCGGUCCCAACCACGUGCGGACCGGCUUCCGUUUCUGGCGAGAUCCCGGUGCCUUUGCCCAAUAUUCCGCUUCCGCGGGCGACGACAAAGUCGUCAUCCAGGGUGCCACCGGCCGUUUUUUGGGUGUCUGGGCUUGCAUGGUCCAGGCCACCUUCGCCUACCUCGGCACCGAGCUCGUCGGCGUCGCGUUCGGCGAGACCCCCAACCCCCGCAAGAACGUCCCUCGCGCCGUCAACCAAACGCUCAUGCGCAUCGUGUUCUUCUACAUUGGCGGUAUCCUCGUCCUGGGCAUGGCCGUCAAGUACACUGACCCCCUUCUCGGCUCUGUUAAGAAGACCAGCGGUCUGGCUUCCCCGUUCGUCAUUGCGGCCAAGAACGCUGGUAUCAACAAGCUCGACGACGCGGUUAACGGACUGUUGCUCAUCUUCACUAUUUCCGCUGCCAACUCGGAUAUCUACCUUGCCUCCCGCACCCUUUGGGCUCUGGCCAAGGAUGGACAGGCGCCUGCGAUCAUGAACAAGACCAACAAGCGCGGUGUGCCCAUCCCGGCAGUCAUCCUCUCCUCCUUGUUUAUCGUUUUGGGUUACAUGAACGCCACCAAGGGGUCUUCGACCGUCUUCGGGUACUUUGUCUCUCUCGUCACUGUCUUCGGUGCCCUGAACUGGGUCGCCAUCCUCGUUUCCUACCUGUUCAUGAUCAAGGCGAUGAAGGUGCAGGGCGUUCCCCGCGAGGCCAUGCCGUACAGGAAUAUUCUCUUGCCCUGGGGCGCGCCGAUUGCGCUUUUCCUGACAAUCUUGGUUAUUAUCUUCAACGGAUAUGGCGCGUUCUUCCCGCACUUCCAGGUGGACAAAUUCGUGACGAGUUACAUUGGCAUUCCGGUGUUCUUGAUCAACAUUGGGUGGUGGAAGGUGUUUAAGAAGACCAAGAGGGUGAGGCCGGAGGAUGCGGAUUUGGUCACGGGGAGGAGGACGUUUUAAGUCCCGGUGCAGGGAAGGGAUUGGAGGGGAUGUGGAGGAAGAGAAGCAUAAGGAUGCAUUGAAAGCGUUGCGAUGUUUUUGCGAAAGGGAAGGGAGAAGGUGUUGUAGAUACCCAUGAAUGAAGAUGCAAAUGACCAUCAUUGUAACCCAAAUUCGUGCCGAUCGCGUUUCUCGUGU